AUGAAUUAAAAAAGUAUAUUAUCUCAUAUUUUUGAUAAUCCAUUCAAUAAACUUAAAGUUGGAGCAGCUGCAAAAAAAACUCAGAAUAAAGAAGCAUUAAGAUUAUAUAGAGAUAUUUUAAAGUUUUCAAUUGAAUUUGAUUGGGCUAACAAAAAUGGAGAAAUUUGGUAAAAUAUACUUGUUAAUAUAAAUAGGAGAGACAUUAUCAGAAAGAGUGCUAGGAAAGAAUUUGAAAUAGCUAAAAAUGAAUCAGAUCCAUUUAUGGUCAUGAGAAUGAUUAUGACAUCCAGGGAGGCAAUGUAAAAAACAAGGGAAAAAUUGAAUGAGGAAUACUUUAAAUUAAAUACCACUUUUUCAGAAAGAACUUAAACAAAUGAAAAUUAUAAAUUAUAAUGA